GAAGCGAAAGCGAGAGGAAGCGACUGUGAUGUUCCACGCUGGAUGCUGACUGUUUUCAUUUCGCUGUCGGCAAGGAAGGUGAAACUGGAACCCUCGCUGCGACAGUGUGAAUGGGCAGAAGCAGCUGAUCUCACGAGAUUCUAAGCUGACGAUUGAUCGUCGUUCUGACACCGUGGGAGAGCUGACGAGGAGGUGGAAGGGACGUUCAGUAGAAUUGAGAGCCAUAAGGAGAGGAGAAACAGAAGGUGAUAGCUGGAGCAUGGCCCCUCGUAAGAACAACAACCACGGCGGGACCGGAGGCGGCGCCGGCGACUUGCAGGGGCUGAACGGCAUCGACCCAGAGACCAUCGAAAACCACGAUGCCAAUGUGACGCGCUGCUGUGUCCCCACCGGCGAGUGUCUAAGGGCCACUGCCACCAACAACAACGAUAGUUCCAUCAAUUUGGAGGACUUGCGGGACUGCGUAAAGGUCACUUGUAACAAUGACCACUGCACAGUGGGCCAGUACAUGCACCGCGAAUGCUUUGACGCUUGGGAGCAGACGGUGCUGACUUAUCUGAAGACGUGCGGCCGAGCGCGUUCCUGGUCGGAAAGACAGCGCCACCAGAACCUGUGGACCAAGAAGGGGUACGAUCUGGCCUUCAAGGCGUGCGGCUGCCUCUGCGGCCGCGGCCAUCUGAAGAAGGACCUCGACUGGUCCCCGCCCAUGCCAAACAACGCCGGCUGCCAAGAGGACUUCGAGAAGAAGAAAAAGCGACGCAACCGCCAGAACACCCGCCCCUCGCUGGCGUCCUCUGCCAAUGGACACCAUCUACACGGCAACAUAAAUCUCAACAACAAUAACAAUAAUAACAAUAAUGUAAGAGGAGGCGCCGGCAGCGACGCCCAGAACAUCGGCACCGUUCAUCACGGUGAACCUCGGGGCAGGACUGGGUCGCUUUCUUCCAGCACUGGCUCCUCGUCGCCACCGACCUCCAGCGAGACGUCCGUCUCACCCGCCCACAUCGGGCACGGCAGCUCCGGACAUGGCGGUGGCAAGAAGAAGUCGAAGUUCGAGUUCUUCUCUGACAGGACCAGGGCGGGUGCCGGCGGCAAUGGCAUCUUCUCCAGGCGUCAAGAUUUUAGCUCCUUCAACUCACUGCCACGCCACAAACUCAACUCCUACCACAUCAAGAUGGAGGACGAGGGCAACCAUGGCAACGACGAGACGCGCUGCUUCAUCCUGUCGACGCUGGCGGCGCUGCACACGUCCCGCGUGUGCUGCAUCUUGUGCCAGGCGUCUCUGCCCGUGUUCGACCGCUACCCCCUCAUCGACGGCACCUUCUUCCUCAGCCCGCGGCAGCACGCCAGGUUCUGCAUACAGGUGAAGGUGGAGGGUCGCACGCAGUACCUGUCGGCGGUGUGCAUGGCAUGUCUCGAGGGCUGGGGUCCCGGACGCGGCAUCCGCUGCCGCUUCUGCGGCACCGCCUGGGACGGCUCCUCCCUCGUGCUGGGCACCAUGUACUCUUAUGACAUUUUCGCCGCCAUGCACUGCUGCAUCGAGCGUUCCAAGUGCAACAACUGCCAGAAGCCAAUGCUGCAUCCCCACCAACGGCUCAACUUCUACUCUGACUACAGCCACUCCAUGCCAUGCCCACAUUGCAGGACAGUGGAUGCACAUUUUGUGAAGCCACUGGCCUACUGUUAUGCCCGAAACGUGCCACAGCAGCCAUGGUCUUAACAGUGCCCGCAACAUAGGAACUCACGAUUACCGUCUGCCCUCCUACCACAAGUGGGGCUGGGCUACUACUGGGGCUGUUAUGCGACUUGGAAACUAAUGAUGUUGAAGAAAGAGAGAGCAUUCUAAUAGAUGUUAUUGAAGUGUAAAGGAGUCUAUGUUUCAUUUAAUAGUGAGGAAAAUUUUUUGAUAAUUGUAUUCCAGAAUUAGAGUUUUAUGUGGAUUUUUCUGUAGCAACAUUGUGUAGAAUACCAGUGCCAAGAGAAAGAUCAAGUUUUGUGUUGCAGAAAUAUCAGUAUCAUUGUUCUUGUGCUCUCGAAAUUGCCCCAGUAGAAGACUUUUGAAAUUAAUAUUUUUUGGUAGUCCUCACUUCUUUUGUCAUUUUGUGGCAUGAAUAACGCCUACAACUUGUGUUUGUACUGAAGGUCAGUCUCUUAUUAUUUUCUGACAUGUAGUGUUUGUGAGAUGCUUCUCCUUGUUUGAAAUUUUAUGAUAGGUAAUAAAUUUGCGUACUACUGCCGUGUUGUGUAGUUUAGUGCCAGAUGUUUGUCGUUUUCUCUAUGUAACUGUAUAUUUAUCUCAUGGUAGAUGUAUAUUUUAAUGUCGAAAAUGACGUGUCAAAGUGAGGUAACUUGCAAAACGUUCUUAUUUUCAAAAGAUCUUUAUAUAUGAAAAAAUUAUGAACUGAAACACCUUGGUAUGUUUGCAGUGUGUUGUAAAGUUACCGCUUUUGGAGAGGUAUAUGCUAAAUGGUUUUUCCUCAUAGUGAUUUUUUUAUUGAAAGUGGGUUUGAUUAACAUUAAGUACAAAUAUUGGACUUUGGGAUUUAUUAGCAAAUAUUAGCAUUGGUGGAGCAAAGCACAAAUUUUAAAUAAUGUAUUCCCUCUGACAUAUGCAUACCAUGUGGAAAAUUUUCUGCUGCUAAUUUGUAUGUAUGCCUUCCUUAUUUAGUAAUGACAUUUUUUUGUUAUUUCAGAGAAUUUGUUAAGUUGGUAUUUGUAGAGUUACAAUUUAAAUAAAAGUAAAUUAGUCUGUAAUUGACCUGCCGUGUAUUUGUCGACUGCUUUAUUCUAGGACCAAUGCUGGUAUUAUUUGUCCCACUGCUAUAGUAAGUCUGGUAAAUUGUAAGUUCAUGUAGAGAUAAGACUGCUUAAUUUUAUAUGUUUUAUAUCAAUGUUUCUGUUUUCUUGUAAAUGAAAGAAAUCAUACACACUGGUAUGAAUGUCAGUUUUUGUGUUGAAAUUUAGCUCACAUCCGUAUUUGAUGGAAGUGCUUUGAAUGAAGAGAAUGUUUUAUUAACUACACAGAUAAAUUUUGUGACUAUUGUUUAUAUUUCAAUUGUAAAUGUCAGCAGAUGAAAGUUUAUAUGUCUGUAUCUAUGUAUAAAUAAACAAAAUAAAGAGGAGAGUGUAAGACGUAGAC